AUGAAUCGUGCACAGUCGGAAUCAAACAAAAAACUGGCGGCGUCACAAGAAGCCCGUCAGCCACCUAGCUCACAAGCAAGGCACGGGAAUGCAAAUUCUGCCAACCAAGCCAAAAUGCCCACUACACCACGUUCACAGCCAGGAACCGUCGGAAAAGACAUGGCCGGAGCCCUGGCCGGUCGGCACAACGAUAUGCCUCCAAUCUCUUCAAAUUACCAGGGACGUCCGGGAAAUGCGAAUCCCAACUAUAGAUAUCAACCAAGUGCAGACAACGCACGGAAUGUGGCCGACUGGACCAAAAGCCAUAUGAAAACCGCCAGAGAAAAUGCUGCAGCAAAGAGAUAAUUGAUUUUAAGGAUUUGUUAAUA